CGGACCCCCGGAGGAUCUCAAGCCCGAGCGAGCCGCCAUAUUUUCUCGUGGUUUCGUCGUGAAAGUUAGUGUGAGGUGUCAGUUUGAUAUGCGAUAAUCUAAAUUAUUCAAAGUGUUUCAUAAUUCACCAGUAAAUGGUACGACAAUGGCUAAGGGAGGCAACAGUUUGAGCAACAAACGUUCGAGGAAUGCAAAACCCUACGAUGCAAACAACUCUUUUGUGAAAAAAGUUGCUACCCGAGUAACAGAUUUAAUACCACAGCGGUCAUGGAUAAGCAAAUGGUUUAACUCGUCGCAAGAUAAUGGUGAGAUAUCAAACGAUACCGUCGAUCCGGAAGACUCGGACAAUGACGAAGAGCCGAUACGACCUCCUGUCUGCAAACGGCCACGGAUACGUAUGGACGUGACUCAUCCUCCCGGAACAUUCAACAUUCAACCUAGAAGCAGAACUUCUGUCAACGAGGUCAAUUCUUGUAACGAACAAUAUCUUUUCCAUAAUGAAACGACGGCUGAUUUCCUGGAGCCCCCAGUAGCUGGAACUAGUGGGAUUCGUCGUCUGGUGGCUUCGACGCCUGCUGUACAGACGGAAAUAAGAAACUUAAACACUCAGAGAAGCGGAGCAGAGUUGAUCUCUCUUACGUCGGCACAAAAUAAUGGCGCAACCAAUGGAACGGACGACAACUCCGAGUCCAGCGAGAGCACCAGCGGAUGUAGUUCGCUCAUACCGCAGAUCAAUAGACAAGAAGCACCCUCCAGCUUGGGAUACAACAGAUCCUUUGCAACCAGAAAACGAUACAUGGACGACAAGUUGAAUUUCACAAACCACCUCCAAUCGCCACGGUCCCUGUUCUUAGACAGUAAUACCAGAGAUUCGUUGAGCAGUCGGAGACCUAGUUUUAACGCAUCGGUGAUGAACAACUCUUUAGAACGGGGACCUUCGAUCGCCUCUCCUUUCUACAACGGCAACACCACAUUCGGGGGUGCCAACACAGCAGGCUUUCACCGUCGUGGGCGUAGUUUGUUCAACAGCACAAACGAGUUGCAAUUGAAAAUACCAAACCGGACGAACAUUCAAGUGAAGUCUCCGAGUGCGGCUGGCAACGAUUCAUCGGGCAUGAGUCAAACCGCUAAGAGAAUAUUGGAAGCGCUCGAGCAAUUUUCCUCUCCGAUAUUGGACGCUAAAAAAAUUCCCAUAAACGCAACCAACAAACCAUCUCCUUACGGUGGUAGAAAAAGGCAAAGGGAUGAGACCGGCUCACCGGUGGUUCGCGUAGGCUUACGUCAUUUGACGAGAGAACUUACCGUCCCCACUGUACCGGAUCUACUGAAACUCAGACGCCGACAGAGACUACAAGACACGACGGUAGCUGCGCGUAAAAUUGUAUCAGCUCGCAGCGGACCUCCACCAGCUCCUCAAGAGUACAGAUUGAGGUCCGGCGGCAGCAACGAAAAGUCCAAAUACUCCGGCAAGGUUAAAGCCAAGGACAAAACUGAGUUCGAUAAAGACAGUGCGACUGACGCGGUGAAUUUGCCUAACAUCACAUUGCCGAUCAGUACGUUACCAGCCUUCGAUAUCAUGCUGCCCUUCGAUACAAGCAAUGCCAACAAAAAUGGGGCCGAAGAAUCGUUCAAAUUUGCUAGUCCGAUAAAAGUUACAGACACAUCUAGGAACCUAAAAUCUAUCAACAAUUUCACCUUUAGCAAACCUAUUAAUGCCAAUGAGAAGGUCUCUCUGGACGAGAGUUACGAACUUUCCAAAACUUUGACCGUCGAGUCGAAUAAUACGUUGAGCAGUUUUUCGUCGCCCCCAUCGAAUUUCAUCUGGUCCAAGACGUCUACGGCUCCAAAAUUGAAGGAAAAAUCAAAGCCCAAAGAUGGCCUUGUCGACGGAGUCAAAGUAUCCAAUGAAUUGAAAACCGGAAGUGUGAUGGAUAUUCUAGGAAACAAGUCCGACCCGCUGAUGGAGGCUUGGAAGCCUGCGGCUGGGAUGUGGGAGUGCGGCCAGUGUUUGAUUAGAAAUGACAAGGAAGUUUUACAGUGCGUCGCUUGCAAGGCAUCGAAGUCUGUUCCCAGAGUCGACAAACCCUUGGAAAGUUUAUCGACAUCCUCUUCGACGGUUACUGUUUCGCAGUCCAAACCUGUGGUCGCAGAUUGCUUUGGUUCACGGUUCAAGAUGAGCAGCAGUCAGUGGGAGUGCGGCACUUGUUUAGUUGUCAACAAAUUGACCGACGUAAAAUGCGUGGCUUGUACCACCCCGAGAUCAGGAGGUGCGAAGGCUCAGCCUAGCAGUUUGCCAAGUUUUUCUUCUCUCUCCGAGAAAUCCGAUUUGAUGGAGAAGUUCAAGCCAGCCGAAGGCUCGUGGGAAUGCCCGGGUUGCAUGCUGCGAAACCCCGCCAGCAUCGAAACCUGCCCUUGUUGCAACGCUUCGAAGCCAGGCUCCAUGAAAAUCGCCCCGACGAAAGCACCUGUCAACGGAGGAUCGUUGACCACCAGUUCCAGUCUCUCCGGCAAAGAACUUGAUAGCAAGGACUCUGCGAGUAAGUCUGAACAAAAUAUCGCCCUCUGGGAAUGUUCGAGCUGUAAAGUAAAGAACCCCAGUUCCAUCGUAACCUGCCCGUGCUUGAGCGUGCCGAAAUCUAACUCGUUGACAUCGUUUGGAGACAAAUUCAAGAAACCAGCUGGCGCUUGGACAUGCAACGAUUGCAUGUUGCAAAACAAAAGUGAAACCAACGAAUGCGCUGCCUGCGGAGCUGCGAAACCAGGAUCGACAAAGGUCGCGAGUGCACCGUCGGUGGCUACCGGUAGUUCGGGUUUACAGUUCAAGAUAGAAAUGCCGGAAAAUUCCGGAGGUUUCAAAUUCGGAAUUCCUAAAAGUGAGGAGAAAGCGAACGGCAGCAAACUGUCGACGCCGACGAGUGUUGGAUUCACUUUUGGCGCGAAUUCUGUUUCGUCGCCGAAGCCUGGGGGGUUCACAUUUGGCGCCCCUCAGAAUACGUCCGGAUUCACUUUUGGCAUCCCAAAUGAAAACAAAACCAAACCUGAACCAACGAAAGCGGACACGGAAAGCGUGGCAAAAAAACGUUCGUUGAACACGAAAGAAUCAGAAAGCACACCCUUGUUCUCCUUCGGAGUGCCCAAGACAGAAGCUGCUAAAGUGACACCUGAAAAACAAUUGGCGUUUGGUGUACAACCUGCUGUCAGCAGUACGGGUGCUUCCUUCUCCUUCGGCGGGCUCAAAGCAGAUGCAUCUUCCAACAAAACCAACGAUCUUUCCACCGUAACCUUUGGUAUUCCAUCUUCCGAAUCGCAAAAAUUGAUUCCCUCUCCAUCAGCCAGCGAAGACCUCAAGACUACCUCGACUAACGAUCAAACCAAUUUGCUGGCACCAAAAUUGUCCGCUGAGACAAACACCGAAGCGAAGCCUGUUUUAACUUCUGCAUUUGGUACGACAGGCACAGCAGCUUCGAGUGAUGGACUCUCAACCACCACGACUGCUGUCAGUGCUUCGACACCCGGCCUAUUCACGUUUGGAAGUGCAGUGAUUCCGUCUCAGCCAGCUGUUUCGUCCACGCCAACUUUUGUACAAAAUCCAACGAUGUCACUGACCUCAGCACCCACCCCAGCAACUGUGGCGGAGUCAACACCUGCCCCGGCAUCCUCGAUGUUUUCUCUCUUCGGAGGAAACAAAUCAGCCAGUGCUACGACUACUGCUCCGACGGAAAAAUCUUCGAUUGCUCCCUUCGGCACAGUGAGUACCCCAGCCUUCAGUUCAGAGAACUCAGCGCCACUGUUCGAAGAUAAUAAAAACCAAUCGGUGCCUGCAUUUGGCAUGCCCAACGCCAAAACUCCUUCGUUAUUCGGUGGACCUGCAGCCUCACCCAUCGGAGGGAAGGGCGUCAAACUGAACCCGUUCGAGAAUACCAAGAAGACGCCGACAACUUCGUUCGUAUCAGUGACUCCUGCGUUUGACGUUUCUUCGUCGACAACAGGGUUUGGUUCGACAGCACCUGCUUUUGGAACUGUUACUACACCCGCCUUUGGAACUAAUCCUACGUCGACUUUGUUCGCUGCGCCAAAAGCGCCAGAGAACCCACAACCACCCGCAUCAGGAAUAUUCACGUUCGGUGGGAGCGCUGCUCAAUCGGCACCUCAACAAGUCUCGACUGGUUUCAGUUUCUCUGGCACCAACCCUGCAGCACCCACUCCGACGCAACCUAGCGUACAGAAAUCUUUAUUCACUUUUGGAAACAGCAGCAAUACUACGCAGCCUGGCACCGGAUUUGGCACCAGCACUUUCAACCCGACGCCAGCUGCCGAGGCCACUCCAGCGAGUUUCACAUUCAACGCUCCUAAGCCAGAGGUUCCAGCCUUUGGCCAGAGCGCACCCAACGCUACUCCAAUGUUCGGCAUUCCCCAGAGCACUCCUAGUUUUGGACAGAGUCAACCGACGCCAGCAUUCGGUUCCACUGCCUCAGCUCCGAGCGGUGGUUUUAAUUUUGCCCCAGCAUCCUCAGGUUUUAAUUUCAGCGGAUCGUUACCAGCUGCUCCACCAGCCGGAGGAUUCGCAUUUGAUGCCCCCAGUUCCAACCCGUCUCUUACAUUUGAUCCCAACACACGACCUACGUUUGACUUUACCGGUGGAAGUGCUCUACCGGCGUUCAAUGCACCACCUCAGGUGGCGCCCGCGCCGCUUCCAAGAAAAUUCAAAAAGGCAUUGCGAAGAGCGCAGCAGCCCCGGUAAAUAAUAAAAGUGCGUGAUUGUGUCGGUACUGUAAAAUAAACUAAUGAAAGAUAAAGAAAAAUGAAUAUUAAUAAUAAAGAUAAUAAAAUUAUUACUUCAGUGUGGUGGAAUGCCAAGCAUUCGUGUAAUAUAAUAACUUUAAUAACAGAAAAAUGCGCUUGAGUAUGACCACUUGUGUUCCGCAGGAAUAACUUUACCGUAAAUUAUAAAUUAUUUAAAUCAUACGAUAAUAGAGUCUGUGACAAAGCUUUGCGUUUGGCGCAAAGUCAGUUUUACCAAUACAGACACACCGUAGCAAACGAAUAAAACCACGUAUCUCUCCGAUUGAUUACGCGAGUAACAACAACAGUAACAACAAUAAUGAUAACAAAAAAGAGAAACAAGAGCCAAUGACGAGAAGAUAAUAAUCAGAACAACGGAGAAGUAACUUUACAAUAUGACAAUGCAAAAAACCAUUUUGCUGAAACAUUAACGUUCCAUGUUUCUUCACGAAGAGAUAUAGAUAAAAGUGACAGCUGAGCACAGGAGAAUCGUAUGCAAUUGGAAACGAAAACAGCAGGGUAGUGGCGACCUGCUCAGGUAAGUAUAAGUCGCUUACUUAACUCACGACCGAGUAGUGUGUGGCGAUGAAAAACUAAUUAGGAGCUAUAAGUGAAUCUUUUAUGGCCGAAAACUCGGGUAAUUAAUAUUUGGGCAGCGAGAGUCGCAGGCUCUGGCUGCCGAACGAUUUUUUAGAAAAUGAUGAUUUUUUCAAUCAAUCGUAUUCUCGUUACACUUUUCCUGUGAUCGAUAAUAUUAUUGCAUAUACUAUAUGAGAGUUGGAAAGGUCGUGAGUUCUGCGAAGAGAGUAUAUAUAAGUGGAAUAACACCAUUUAUGGGUAUAUCGAUUCAGAAAAUAUCUGAAAUUUAUAUUUUAGCUAGGAAUCCCGCGGUCGGUUCUAAGAAUAUUGUAGGACUGGCCCGGGCUUAGUGUAAUAUACACUAAAGUGGCAUUCAGAUAAGUACAAAAGUAACGAUUACCAAAACGUUUCCAUUGCGUAGUUGAAAUUGUAUAUUUUUUUUAUAAAUAAUGAAUUCAUCCUAUAGGAUAAUAUUCUGAAUGCUACUUUUUUUUAGGUCUAAGUAUACAUAAAUAUGUUGUGUGUUUUAUCAUAUGGUGAAUGAAGUAAAUGAAAGUGUGUACGAGGUGACGCUAUAAAGCCAUGGGUCUUCUACAAUUGAUCAAGAGAGAAAAAGAAAGAAAAAAAAGGGACAACAAAUCUCUGAUUUAUUUUUUAUUACCACGCUUCGUUUAACUCGGCUACAUACAUGUACGUUAUAUUUUGUUCUCUUUUUGCAUCGUAACGAGAUAAACUCAGAAAGAAAAAAGACAUGGUAUUCUUGGAAUAAAAACCCUGCCGAAGUUGAUCGAUUAUUUCUGUAAAAUGUAUGUUCUUAGGAGCCCCAAGGUGUUACGUAGUUAGCCAAUGACAUGGUCAUUAAUGAAUUAUUAUUCAGCCAUAUAUGUUUUAUUUAAGAUACGAAGAGUAGCGUUAAGUCUAUAUUACUUAGAGGCUUAAGAUCGACAGUAGCCAGUGAUAGCUCGGCACAUUCAACACAACUCGGCCAUGUAGCAUAUAGAUAGGUACAUACAAGGACCCCUGUUACACAUCAUUGUGCUAUUCAUUGUUAUAUAUUUUUUACGAAUAGUUUUUAGGACGCCCUUAAGUUCUUAUUACGAUACCAUAAAUAAUGGACAUACUUCGAUACGGUACCGAACACCUACCACCAAACCGAUACACCGACAAGAUACCAAUUUUGACAGACGGACUUGCGUCUCAAUUGAUCUGUACAUUAUUUCUAACCUUUUAAUUGUAUUGACUAGAUUUCAAGCGGUUAUCGAAUCAUACUCAGAAGUUUCUAUCGUUCAGCUAUAGUAUUAUCUUGUUCAACUUUUAUCCCAAUACUUUGUUAACGAUUAUAGAAUGAUGAAUUCUGAAGAACAAUAUCAUCAUCCCUCGUCAUAAGCUUUUCAUCGCUGUCAGAAUCAGACCGGAAUAGUCCAAAUGAAAUCAGUUACUGGAAACAAACAUACGCCUUCACCGAUCCCCACACUUCCCAGAGUAUUAAUAUUAACAAAACUUCAGCAUAAUAGAAAUUUAGUGUGUACAGAAUUUUUCAUGAUAAUCAGACACGGACUGAAGAUUAAAAACUAAACUGCUACCGAUACGAUAUAGUGAUAAAUGAUAAUUUAUUAGUAAAGUGGAUGGUGCGCCGAGGUAUAACUAGCGAAGCUGUUUAACACCGUGAACAUUCUCUGUAAAGGCUGUGUCCCCCGUUUGUACGUCACGAACAAACGGAUUUCUAAAUUAUUUAAUGUAUUUACUGUUGUGCCAGGAAUAGGUAUCCUAUUCAAUUUAUUAUAUGGCCUUAAAACAACAAUCUACAUGUAAAGCUUUUUGGGCUAUUAAUUAGAUCAUUGAAUUUAUUUUAUUGGAAUUAUUUUGUACAAUAUUUUAUACACUUUGUUAAGAAUUUAUUCAUUUCUUUUCCUUUUUUUUUUUUUGUUUCUUUUUAACUUGCUAAUCAACUGUGCAUAAGGUAUGAUAACGCAUUACCAUAAUCCAAGAAGAAGGCUAAGCACACUAAUUUGUAUAAUUUUUAAUCGAGUCGCUCUCAGAGAGGACUGACUUUAUUGCGACGGUAUCUUCAAUUUUUUCCAGAAUUUAUUUAAAAAAGAAACAACUAAACAAUUGAAUUCCUCAACUCGUCAGAGUUUAUUAUGAAAUAAGUCCAAUGAAUAAUUAAAAAUAAUGAAUCAAAUGUUUGAGAAUGUUCACUGUACACACUGCUACGGUUAUGGAGAUAUCCCAUAACAUAGUGUAACAAUAGUUAGUAUUAAAUAAAAAGAGGAAAAAGUAAGAAAAAACAUUUGGUGUUUCUCAGCCGAAGAAUAAUACAACAAGAUUAAAAAUAACAAUGAUGAUGAUGAUAAUAUGCGAUUGAUAUUACACUCUUUUAAUUGACACUCAAUUUUUUGAAAAUCAAGUAAAUCUAAUUCGUUCAACCAUCAAUCUAAAAUUAUUCAGCUUUGUUGGUUAAUUCGCGUUUAGAGUAAUAAAUUUUAGUUUUCCUUAUUCAUUUCGUUAUCAUAACGAUCGUCUUCCAUCCGCUCAUAUAUUCCCCUGCCCCGCUACAUUGUUUGAAAAAAAGUGGAAAAAAAUUAAAAUAAGACUAUCACCGAUAAGUGAUUACCUUAAAUUCAGACUAAACACUGUGAACAAUGGUAGCUCCAGAAAAUUACUAGUCUUUUAAUGAUCAACUGUUCUCUAAAUAUUUAAGGUAAAGGCAUAGGGUAGCUAAAUAAAUAUAUUUCUGGUGAACAUACCUUGAGGGUUGUGUAAAAGAAAAACAAAGCAAAGCAAAACAAAACAAACAAAAUAUUCAUAUCUUCUAUUUUGGUUUUUCUCAUUUUUUUUUUCUCUUCUCGUACGAUAAUUUAUGAACAUUCGUUCCUCCGUAUUAAUUUUUUCGACCAUUUUACUGUUAACGAUGAGUAUGAAACUUUCACGAACCACACAUGACUGAAAUUAGUGGAAGAAAAAGAAAGAAAUAAGAAAUGAAUAAACAAGACAGAAAAAAACACACACAGAUUUCUGUAAGUUAUCAUCGUUGAGAAACACCGUAAUAGCAUAUAUCCGCAUUACUGUUGUUAUACUUAUUCUUAAUAUUACCUACAUCUCUUUAUAGCGUAAGAAUUAUAUUACCCCAAUAUUAGAGUCUACAAAAAAAUGAAAAAAAAAAAAUAAGCAAAAACAAAAAAAAAAAAAGGCAAAAACUGUUCGAGAACGAUAUGUUGUAUCGAUAACGUGGGUUUACAAUUUUUACUUUCUAGGUAGGAAAUUAUUGAUUUUAAGAAAAUGUUUAGCGAAGCGAAAAAAACAAAGAAACGAAAAAAAAAAAUUUAAUUAGGUUUGAACCAAAGAAUUUUGCAAUUCUAUUGACGGAAUAAUGAUGCGACUAUAUUCUUCAAUAUAAAGAAAACUUCUUCCUCAGUCGUACACGUGUAAUUUAAAUAUAAUAGCACAGCUGAAAAGAAAAGAGAAAGAAAGAAAAAAAAAAUAA